UGGCCUGUCCAAUCACGGCGCUGAUUGGUUUCACAAGAUGGCGGCGUGCUGGGAGCGUAGCAUCUGCGUUUCUAGGAGCUUGGACUGACUGAGUAGGUUGGGAUUCUGGGCUUGUGCAGGCCCCCGCCGCGCACGCCGUCCGGCUAGUACAUUGCCCUUCGAGAUGGCACUGAGCAAAUCAAUGCAUGCAAGAAAUAGAUACAAGGACAAGCCGCCUGACUUCGCAUAUCUGGCAUCCAAAUACCCAGAUUUUAAGCAACAUAUUCAGAUAAAUCUGAAUGGGAGAGUAAGUCUUAAUUUCAAAGACCCGGAAGCAGUCAGAGCUCUGACUUGUACGCUCCUGAGAGAGGACUUUGGACUUUGUAUUGACAUUCCUUUAGAGAGACUGAUUCCCACGGUUCCCCUGAGGCUUAACUAUAUUCACUGGGUUGAAGAUCUGAUUGGUCACCAGGACUCUGACAAAAGUACUCUCCGAAGAGGAAUUGACAUAGGUACUGGGGCAUCCUGCAUCUAUCCCUUACUCGGAGCAACCUUAAACGGCUGGUAUUUCCUGGCAACAGAAGUGGAUGAUAUGUGCUUCAAUUAUGCUAAGAAAAACGUGGAGCGGAAUAACCUGUCUGAUCUCAUUAAAGUGGUAAAAGUGCCCCAGAAGACACUCCUGAUGGACGCGCUUAAGGAGGAGUCUGAGAUAGUUUAUGACUUCUGCAUGUGCAACCCUCCCUUUUUUGCCAACCAAUUGGAAGCCAAGGGUGUAAACUCUCGGAAUUCUCGAAGACCUCCACCUAGUUCCGUAAACACAGGAGGCAUCACAGAGAUCAUGGCGGAAGGAGGCGAACUUGAAUUUGUUAAAAGGAUCAUCCAUGACAGUUUACAACUUAAAAGGAGACUAAGGUGGUAUAGCUGUAUGCUGGGGAAAAAAUGCAGUCUGGCGCCACUGAAGGAAGAGCUUAGAAUCCAAGGGGUUCCUAAAGUCACCUUCACGGAGUUCUGUCAGGGUCGUACAAUGAGAUGGGCCUUGGCCUGGAGUUUUUACGAUGAUGUCACAGUACCGUCACCUCCAAGUAAACGAAGAAAAUUAGAAAAGCCAAGGAAACCCAUUACAUUUGUAGUGUUGGAGUCUGUGAUGAAAGAAUUAUCUCUCAAGGCCUCAUCUUUGGGCUCUGGCACAGUGGAAGGCAUAGUAGUUGUGACAACAUGGAUAGAAAAAAUUCUCACUGAUCUGAAGGUCCAACAUAAACGAAUUCCCUGUGGAAAAGAAGAAGUUAGCCUUUUCCUGACAGCCAUAGAAAACUCUUGGAUUCAUUUAAGGCGCAAGAAGAGAGAGCGAGUGAGACAACUCAGGGAGGUGCCUCGAGCUCCUGAGGAUGUUUUCUUGGCCUUGGAGGAGAGAAAGUCCACUCCCAAAGAGUUGAGUGGUAGCCAGGACAUGGCCCCAUGCUCCCAGGAGAGUGCCUUGUGUGGGCUUGCUGAGCCGGAAGGCCAGUCUGCCACUCUUGGUGGCCAUGGCCUCAGCCAAGAGUCACUGUGCCAGGAGGAAACUGCAGAAGCCAUGGAGGACGAGGGGAGUGAGGAAAGGGGAGGGCUGGAGGUCAUGGAAGGUUGUAAAGGCGCCCACAAUGGAGCUCCAGACGGAGAGGCUUCCGAGAAGGGGGAGCACCUGGACAGAGCGGCUGGACGUUACCUGUUCAAGUGUUUAAUCAACAUUAAGAAGGAAGUAGACGAUGCCUUAGUUGAAAUGCAUUGGGUUGAAGGCCAGAACAGGGAUUUGAUGAAUCAGCUCUGUACCUACAUACGUAACCAAAUUCUGAGGCUUGUUGGUAGUUAAUUCUUAAUUUCUUCUAUAGUUAGAAAAGUGUCUGGAUGGGGCUAGGGAUGUGGUGCAAUGGCCGUGUGUGCUUAGUAUGCAGAAGGCACUGGGUGCGUCCCUUACAUC